AUGCAAUCAGAACAAGGAAAAGAAGAUCAAGGUAAUUUGUUAAAAUGUGUGCUGAAAUAUCAAAGUUGACAUUAUUGUGCAAUUUGUUGAAGGCAUGCAUUUUGUUGAGUUUAAUGUUUCCUAAUUUUUUUGUUGUACAGAGAAAAUUGAAGCUUUGCAGAAUAUAUUUCCACAUGCUGAACAAGCUCAAUUGAGUGCAGCUUGUAUGGAAGUGAUGGGAGAUAUCAAUAAAGCUGUUGACAUUGUUUUAGACAAAGGUGAAUAAUUUUUAAGCUAGAAGUUUGAAGAGAUAAUUUAAAGCUUAAUCUUACAAAACAAAUUUUAGAUAUAAUUUUUCUAUAACAUUAUAAUUUGCUUUAUGAAGAGUCAAAACUAAGGCUACCAACUUUUUGGAGCCAAGUAGAAAUGAGCAUUGGAACACCCCCAUACUACCUGCCAAAGUGCACCCUUUUCAUUAUAAUACUAAACAUGAGAAUAGACCUCAGAGACAAUUAGACAUGAUCCUUGCUCUUAAAUAAUAAAAAUGGAUUGUUUUGCAAAAACAAUUUCUUUUAAUAUUCUUAAUUGACCUUUUUACUGUUUAUUGAUGGAUGAUUUCCAGAAACAAGUGGAACAAGAUAAUCAACAAGCUAGUGUUUCACACAACAUAUGUACCCGGUACAGAGUUCAAAUUAGUUCAUUGCUUCAUGAUAUUGAAAUGGAGUAUGUAUUUUUCUUUUUCUGAAGAAGUCUUAGAGUUGAUCCAGAAACUUAGAUAAUUUUUUUUGUUGGAAAUUAAUUAAUCAUUAGAUUGUUUUCAGUAUCAAUUGACAGUGAUGAUACCAGUGAAGAUGAGGAAUUAAAUCACCCAUUGGUCACAAUGCUAUUACGUGCCCAAAAUAAUAAAAAUAUUGGUAAGCAUGAAAAGUUAACAAUUAAUGAUCGCACCCAAUAGAGCAGGCCGGCUUAAAAUCUAUUUUACAGGGCUGUCUGACAAAAUGUCCAAUGACGUAGAGUUUGGGUCGGACAUCUGUCCGAUGACCUUCAGUUUUGGCUCGGAAAUAAGUCUGAAUGUCACAAAUGAAUAUCAGCAUGAUGUAUUAAUUCUGUAAUUUGUUUCUUUCAUAUUUAUUUCCAAGCCAAAAUUAACUUGCUUGCCAGAACAGCAGUAUUAAAAAAGACUUCAACAACUUAAGCCCAUUUUCCACUUCACCAUUUCGCUCGCUGCCCCGCCCUCAACUACAUCAUUACGUCACUACAUCUGAUUUUCAAUUUAACAUACAAGGCUCUAGUCCUGGGCUAGGGUACAUUUUGAUUUACGUUGGACAAAUUAGCUACAGUUCAGUCAGACACCAAUACACUCGGGUCGAACAAACAAUAAACCUCAGUUUCACUUUGGUUGGACAGAAUGUCCGGUGUUUUCCUCUAUAUGUCGGACAAUUUUACAAAUGGGUCGGACAAUGUCCGUGACCAACCGAUAUUUUAAGGCCUGACCCAAUAGAGCAUGUAUUGGCUAUAGCACAAUAACAAUCAUAUAUACUGUAAUGUAUUUAUUAAAUUACUGCUAUUACAUGUUAUUAAUUUUUAAAUCAUAUUUUUAGACAUUUCAUCUAUUAUCAAAAGUCUUGGGAAAAAGCUGAAUGGGCCUUUCUUAAGAGUUACAACUGAUGACAACCUCAUGUUAUCUGAUGCUCUUGUUAUAUACAAAGAUCCAGGAUUUGAUGCAUCCCGUUCUUUGCGAAUAACGUUUGCUAACCAGCCAGCAGGGGGCGUUAGUUGGGAAUUCUUCGACAAGGUGUAG